AUGACCUCCCUGCAACGCAGCAUCGCCCACGUCCACCGCAGGUCUGCCGCUGGCGCGCGCAGGCGGACGGCGUGCCAGAUGCGUCCUCUCUCCGCCCCCGCCCUCGCACACGAGGGACACGCCUUCUCGGAGUUGUCGCUGCUGCUGACCCCUGCGCUCGCACAGACGGGCAGCGCACAAAAGCCGUCGCUGCACGCCAGCCUCGCGAGAAGAAAUGCAGACCCGCUGCACCUCCGGAGCACCCCGCAUACCGUGCCGCCCGUCGCGUUCAGCUCGUCGUCUCCCAACCAGGCGCCCGAGGACGACUACGAGCCAGAGCACAACGGCGACGGCGAGAUCUCGGACCAGGAGUGGGAGAUACGCACAGGCCGCGCGGUCUACAUCCUCCAGCAGACCCUCCCGGACUUCUUCCACACCGGGCUCGUCACCUCGCUCGAGGCGCCGCCCGCGCGCGCACGGACGCCGGACGCGGACCCGCACUGCGAGGGGCGCGCCGCGCGGCCGGACGGCGAGGGCGAGAGCAUAUACAGCAGGCACAUCCGCCUCGCGUACACCCCGCCGCACCCGCUCCCGCCGCCGCUCCCGCGCACGCUGACGAUCGAAGGCUCGGCGCUGUACCUCGCGUCGUCCGCGUUUGUGCGGCACACGCUGAACGCGCUGUAUACGGACUUGACGGUCAGGACGACGCGCGUGCGCGUCCUGGGCCCGCGGUCGUCGCCAGGGAGCCCAGACCAGGAUGGGCCCCCGCGCGCGCCGCACAAACAGCGCUCCUCGCGCGAGAAAAGCCUCUUCCUCGGGCUCAGCGUAUCCGGCAUCGCGCGCGUGAGCGGCCAGCGCGGCGGCUGGGACGUGUGCGUACCCCUCCCCCUCCCCCUUCUCCCCCCUCCCUCGACACCCACAGCUGACCAGGGCCGCAGGAACUCGACCUACACCUUCUCCCCGCGCACGGGCCUCAUCUACCUGCACCACAUCGACUCGAUCGAGCCCGCGCCGACGCAGGCCGUCUUCGACGCGCUCCGCGCCGCCCUCGCGAAGCUCGGGCUCGCGCCCGGCGGCGGCGAGCAGGCGCCGGGCGCACCGGGCGCGGCGAGGGCGCAGCCUGUCCCUGUCCCUGUGCAUGUGAGGGCAAGGUCGUCGUGA